CGGUAGCGAUGUGAGACGGACGCAAACCCUCUUUCGCUACUCGCCUCUAGACUCACCAAACCGCGAACCGCGAAUUUGGGGCAGCUCUAAUCCAACCGUCUCUUUUACGCUAAUCAGGAAACGCAUGCGUCCCUUUCUAACGCGUUCGCUCACUGCAGUUUUGUACAUAUUCAAUGUUUACAUUUUGCUAUCAGGUGAUGAAUGAAAACAUUAGCAGUUGCUUUGAUAACUCAUUCGUGUCGCACGUGUGCUGUUAGGCAUGCAGAAUAUAGUCACGUACAGGUGACAAGUCCUCCACGAUGCCUGUACUACGCAAUGCUGAUCAUCCCGCUGUCAAAACACCUGACUCAGUGGCAGCGAGGUAUGCGGUCGCUGUGCUCGGGUCGUGGGCGGCCGAAACUGCGACAUACCCGUUCGACUUGACCAAGACAAGGCUACAAAUACAAUCGGAAGUGGCAGCCGCUAAACACGGUUACAAGCUGGAAAAUCACGGUAUGAUCAAAACAGCAGUGGGUAUCGCCAAACAAGAGGGAAUUCUGAAAUUAUGGAGCGGUCUCAUGCCGAUGUUCCAACGGCACGCGAUUUACUCCGGAUGCCGUCUCAUCUUCUACGAACAUUUCCGGAACAUGAUGAAAGAUGAAAACGGAAAGGCUUCCCUGGGUGCUGCUUCAUUGGGUGGUUUGGCGGCUGGUUCGCUGGCACAGCUGAUCGCUUCCCCCACGGAUCUCGUCAAGGUGCAAAUGCAAGCCGAAGGCAGAAACGUAUUGCAGGGUAAAACGCCACGUUUCAAGAACUGUAGACAAGUUUACGCAAUGCUGUAUGCUGAAAGCGGGAUUUUGGGAUUCUGGAGAGGUGCAAUACCAAAUGUACAACGUGCAGCAUUGGUCAAUAUGGGAGAUUUAGCAUCAUACGACUAUACGAAGCAGUUCCUAAUGCGUGAAUUCGGCAUGGCUGACACCAUGUUGGUGCACGCGGCGGCUGCCUUCAAUGCGGGAUUUGUGGCAGCCGUUCUAGGAACACCUGCCGACGUACUUAAAACUCGACUGAUGAAUCAACCCGUUGGGCCGGAUGGAAGAGGAACGCUGUACCGUGGUAUGAUUGAUUGUCUCCAACAGUCUGUGAGAAACGAAGGGGUGCUAUCGCUGUACAAAGGGUUCCUACCCCUGUGGAUGCGACUCGGCCCUUGGGCGCUUAUAAAUUGGAUUGCGUUUGAAAACAUCAUGCUUGCUAUAGGAGGAAAAACGUUCUAGAACGUUCGUUUAUCUUAUGUUCCGUGCACUAUAUUUUAAAUUGAAAUAGUGACGUAGGUGCUUUGUUUAUUAGAUGUGUAGUAUAGCUAAUUAGCCAAUGCUUAGCUAACAUUAAAUUACAUGAGGUUAGGGAAAAGGACUUAAUAUGCCAUUUUACCUUGAGAAAAUGGUUAUUUAUUCGAUCCGAUGUUUCUUUUUUAGGGAAAAAAAUUAUGGAAGAUCUCGCCAUUAGAGGUUUGUCUUGUGAUAUUGUCGUCGGUUUUAAUUUAUUACAAACAUAUAUUCGAUAUUUUAUAGGAUAUGUUUUUAUUUAUUUAUUUGUCUAGUUGAAAAUGCUCACGAAGCUUCCGGUGUUAAAUGUUUAUCGAAUCCAAUGGACAUCACAACGUAAUGGCACUUCCCACCUUGAGAAAUGAGGUCAUUUAUGUCAUAUAACAUAAAUUUGAUUAAAACAGGUGAAAUUAAAUUAUAUAAUAUUUAAUUACGAUACAAUUUUUAAAACGCAAUUUUACAUAUUUAUUCCUUACGUCCUCUGCGAUGUUCAGUAAUAUAAAUAAAAGGAAGGAAUUUAUCAUGAAAAUAUCAAUUUUGUAUCAAUAUUAAAUACAUUGUUGAAAGAAAUUUAAUUAAUCACAUAGAUUGCUUUGUAUGCAUAGAUAUUAUUCACAUGAUAUGUCGUUUUUGGCAAUAUUUUUCUGGUAUACCUUUAUUAAAAAACAAAUAUUCACACAGUUUAUUGGAGUCGUUGUCGAAAACGAAGCUUGCCAUUCCAAUUAUAAAGCGACGUUCGGAAAAUUGUACCAGAUUAAUUUCAUUACUAUUUUUCACACUGCACGCAAUGUAACACAAACAAGUCAAGUGUCGCGCAUGACUCGGUCCUUUACGUUCCAUUGCGGCUUUACCAAUCCGCUAAAGCGGUUAAAUCUUUGAAUGAAUGAAUACUUUUUUUUACGUUGUAUUUUAUAGUAAUAACUACUAUACUACAAAUCAUGUUUUAUAUCCAAUUCUAUGAAUUUUCAUAUUUUGAACUUCAAACAAAACAAACGGGCAAACGGGCCACUAGUUGGUAAAUCGACGCCGAUAAUGGACAUUAGCAAUGCCAGGAACCAAAUUACUAUCAAUAUUAUUUCUAUAUACAUACAUGUUACUUUAUAUUAUAAAGCAAUCGAUUUUUACCAAAGAUUUUGAAUAUGUUGUGUUUCGUGUAUUUGUAACAUCGAAUCAAAAAUAAUGGUGCUAAAAUAUAUUAUUAAAUUUGUUGAUUACACCUUAAACAAGUUAUUUUUACGAAGCGGAUUUUGUUAAUUUCAAUAAUAAAUUUAAUAAAAAUAACAAUAAUAGGUACUAGCGAAAGAUUUACUAUUAUACAUUUUAUACAUUAACAGUGCUUUUAGCAAUUAUAUUUACACAAAUACAAACUGUGAUUCAAUCAUUGUUGAUGAUAGCGUAUCGUUUAUUUAGUUGUAAGCAGAUAUAUUUUAUUUAUAGACAUUUAGGUCAGUGGUAAUUGUUGAAAUGUUUACGUUCAAGAGCUGUAAUGGUUAAAUAAAUGUUCAAAUAAACUAUUAAUAUAGA